CUCUGUAAUCGAUCAGACUUAGUAAUUCCGGCAAGAUGACAAGACUGGGCCUCGCGAUAGCAUCAAUAUUUAUUUCGACUGCAUUUAUUGCAGUUAACGGAUUUCCAGGUUCAAUACAAUUGAAUCGUGUUGCAAGAUCGCCAUAUUACGGCGGAUUUGGAUUCCACCCACCUCCACCAUUCCCAUUUUUCCAAACCAACAAUUGGAGUGGAAUUACAAGAGGUGCUACUGGAAACACCAACGGAGUGUACAGUGGCGCUGCAGCUAGUGCGACAAAUACUGCACCGGCUACUGGACAAGCAUUAUCCUUAGCAUCAGCUGACUGUGAUGAUGACGACUCGGUUCAAUCUACUGGGACUUCUGACAAAUUAGCAGCUGGUUUCAGUGGACGUAGAGGUGACAACUCUGGUGGAUUCGGUGGACAAUUCAGUGCUCAUAAGGAAGCUCGUUAUUCUUUCCAAAGUGGUGGAGGAAAGUUUGAAGCUGAAGGUUCUGGCUUAAGCGGCCAAAGUGGCACUGGGAGUCAUGGACAGUUAAACCUUGGUGCUAGUAGCUCAGCGAAUGGUAAUAUUGGAGCAACUGAGCAAAGUAAAGGCAAUGGAUUCUAUUCAUCAAAUCAAGAUAGCACACAAGCAGGAAGUAAAUUAAUUGGUGUUGAUCAAAGCGGUGGUUUCAGCAGUUCCAGCGCGCAUAGCUCAACAUCUGGUUCAGCAAAAGGUAAUGUCCAACAACAAGCGGAGUUAGUUAGUGGGGGCAUAAAUUCUGAAAACGAUGAUUGUGACAAUCAAGACACUCAAACUGGCUUAAAUGCAGAAUCUGGGCAAAAAAAUACUGGAUUUGCUGAAAGUGAAUUCAAUAAACAUGACCAUAACCUGGGCUUCACCCAAAACUUGGAACAAAACCGUGAACAUAGUCAACAACAAUAUGGUAUACCGAACCAACAAGGAGAAGGCCUAAGCCAACACGAAAGUGCAUUAAGUCAACAAACUUUGACCGGUUCAUAUGGACAGCAAAAUAAAGUAGGCGGAGCAUUUGGGCAACAGAAUGGUCAGCUGAAAGAACAAGUUGGACUUAAUGGAAAGUAUAGCCAGCAAACUCACCAAAGCGGUUACGGUCAACAGAAAGGAAUAGUUGGUCACCAGCAAAAUCAAGGUGCUUUCAGCCAAUCACAAAGCCAAAUUGGAUAUGGCCAACACGUAUAUCAAGGAGGUUUUAAUAAACAGCAAGGUGAAGCUACACUAAGUCAGGAAGAGCAAAAUCAAGGUGCCUAUGGCCAAUCACAAGGCCAAGCUGGAUUUGGCCAACACUUACAUCAAGGAGGUUUUAAUGAACAGCAAGGUCAAGCUUCAUUAAGCCAUGAAGAGCAAUUCAAACAUCAGAAUCUACAAGGUGGAAAUGGUGCUAGCAGUCACGCUUCGUCUUACGCCCACGGAAGAGGCUUUGGCUUUGGGAAAGGGUUCUCAGGACAUGAUCACGGUUAUGGUAAUGAUUUCAACUCCAAAUAUCAAGCUAAUCAAGAAUUGCAACAACACCAAACAGGAUCUGAAUCGACCAGCGGGAACAGUGAAUCGCAAAGUGCUGGCAGUAGUUCUAUUGGAGGAGCCUUAAAUCUUGCUUCUCAAGGCUUAGAAGCAGCACAAAAGACUGGAUGCAGUACUUGUGGUGGAAAUGGUGGAUAUGCCUUCAGUAAUGCCAGGAGUCACAGUGGGUCAGCUAUUUCCGUUGCAAUUGGCGGUUAAACUUAUCAACUAUAUUUAUUACCGAAGUCAUUUGUGAUGUGUUCUUGAUAUAUUUUCACUUAUUCCUUGUAAAUAAAAUAUAA